AUGGAUUACGUAUUCAUGGACUCGACGGUUUCGUCGUGGUCAGAUGAACUCGAAAAAGAUUUCGAUAAAGCGUUCGUGUCACUUGAUCUACUACUUGGUGAGAUAGACAGUGAUCAGGUUGAAAUAACAUAUGAAGGUCGUCAAAAGAUGACAGCCUUAAGUGCCUGCUUUGCUCAACUUAUCCACAAAGCUCAUACAAUGCAACAUACAAUUACGAAACAAGACAAAGAAAUCGUUCAAUUACGAGAAUCAUUAGCUCAAGCGAACGCAGGAGCGAGAGCAUUGGAGAAAGAAGCUCAACAGCUCAUGUUACAAGUGCAUUCCUUACAGUGUCAGCUUCAUUCGAAGACAGCUCCCCAUGAAUCAGACAUGAUUAAGAAGAAAUUAGAAGGAGAAAUUUUAUCGUUUCGGGCGGAACUCAUACCAUCAUUGCUUGCUGAUUGUGAAAGAGAAGAGUUACGAAAAGAAAAUGAACGACACAAACGUCUCAUAUCAGCUCUCGAAACUGAAGUUUUUGGUGCUCGUUUGGCAGCUAAGUACCUUGACAAAGAGUUAGCCGGAAGAAUACAACAAAUACAAUUGCUUGGCAGGAAUAUGAGGGGCGUGGAGCAUGACCGCUUAUGGAAUCAGUUAGAAGCGGAAAUUCAUCUUCAUCGCCAUAAAACUGUUAUAAGAGCUUGCCGGGGUCGAGGAAAUACCAAAGGCUUGGCAGUGCCGCCCCGUCACGAUACUAGAAAUCUGCGACGGCGAAAAGGUGUGGGUGAAACAAGACAGGUUCAUUUACCAAAACUGCCACACGAAGGACUAGGCAUAUCCAUAACAGGUGGAACAGAACAUGCUUUACCUAUAGUAAUAUCUGAAAUUCAACCUGGGCAACCUGCUGAUCGAUGUGCUCAACUAUUUGUUGGGGAUGCUAUUCUGUCAGUUAACGGGUUUGACUUGAGACAAGCACGACAUCAGGAAGCUGUUGAUAUUUUGAGUAGUCAGCAAGGGGACCUUAAUUUGGAGGUUGUAUACGUGGCUCCUGAUGAAGAUUCUGACGAUGAUGGAACUGUUAUGAUAGCUGAUAGUAGUGGCUGUCUAUAUAAUAUGUAUAAUAAUGGAAUAAAUGAGGAGCCAUCUUCCAGCAGGUCAUCAACAGUCUCUCAACAUAAUUCUGAAGCUGGUAGCUCUGAUAUGAAAGCUUAA